UCCGGGGUCGUAGGUCAUGUUGGCGCGGGGACGCGGGGGCUGGAUCUAAGACCAGACAUCGGUACUGGGGGCCCGGACGGCGCGGCCUGACUGCAGGCCCUUGUCAUGGAGCCAGGCAGCAUGGAGAACCUGUCCAUUGUGUACCGGAGCCGUGACUUCCUGGUGGUGAACAAGCACUGGGAUGUGCGUAUUGACAGCAAGACGUGGAGGGAGACACUAACCCUCCAAAAGCAGCUUCGGCAUCGCUUCCCUGAGCUGGCUGACCCAGACACUUACUAUGGGUUCAGGUUUUGCCACCAGCUGGACUUCUCUACCAGCGGGGCACUCUGUGUGGCCCUGAACAAGGCAGCUGCAGGCAGCGCUUACAAGUGCUUCAAGGAGCGGCGAGUCACCAAGGCUUACCUGGCCUUGGUUCGGGGACAUGUACAGGAAAGCCGGAUGACCAUCAGCUAUGCCAUCGGCAGGAACAACACAGAGGGUCGGGCCCACACCAUGUGCAUCGAGGGCACCCACGGCUGUGAGAACCCGAAACCAAGCCUCACGGAGCUCGUCGUCCUGGAACAUGGGCUGUAUGCAGGUGACCCCGUGUCCAAAGUGCUGCUGCAGCCCCUCACAGGCCGGACGCACCAGCUUCGCGUGCACUGCAGUGCCCUUGGUCACCCCAUUGUGGGCGACCUGACCUACGGGCAGGCCUCAGGCAGGGAGGACCAACCAUUCCGCAUGAUGCUGCACGCCUUCUACCUGCGGAUCCCCACGCAGGCUGAGUGUGUGGAGGCCCGCACACCGGACCCCUUCCUGCCCACCCUUGAUGCCUGCUGGAGCCCCCACACCCUGGUGCAGCCUCUGGACCAGCUUGUCCAGGUCCUACGGGCUGCCCCUGACCCUGAGCCCACAGAAGGGGACCCCAGGCCCUGCAGCCCCUCCAUGUCCCUGCCUGGGCCAGGCCAGCCUCCACCACCCCCUGCCAAGCCCCCUGAGACAGAGGCACAGCGUGCCUCAUGCCUUCAGUGGCUGUCAGAGUGGACACUGGAGCCGGACAACUGAGAGUGUGGGAGUGGCGUACAGGCUGGGGCACCCAGGCAGAUGGGGGCUGUGGGUCAGAGCUCUAAGCCCAUCCUAAGGCAGGGGUGUGCCAGUGGAAGAGGACUGAGGUUCCACAUUGGCUGUAGUGGCCAGGCCUGAGGAGGGGCCAGUAGGGCCAGCAGGGGGAGCCAGGCAGCUUUGAUUCUGGAGGAUGAAGGGCUCAGGGCUGUGGGACCAGCCCUCCGGGGAAAACCAAGGCUUGCCUGUCCUCCAGAAACCCUUUCUGACUCCAAAGCUUCGCUCCCAAAGCCCAUUUCGUAGACUUGGCCAGUGUUGCCCUGGAAGAGGACAUGGGUGGGCUUCUGGUCCCCCAGUUCAUUCCUUAGAGCACCCUGCUCCUCACUCUAUUCAGACUAUCUGUGCCAUUACCUCAGUCUAGCUGAGUCCUCUCCACUUGCAGACCCUGACUUGUCCCCUGCCUGGCUGGUCCUGCCUGCCUUGUGCCUUGGCUUUUGCUGGACAAUGCCCAUGGGCUUCCCUCCCCACCAGCAUCCUGAUCAUCACACACGGGGGUGGGUCUAGGCCGUCCCCUCAGGCCUGACAUAUGUGCAGCUCUUCAGCAUCCUCCCACACAGCCACAGGCCAUCAGACCUCAGCCUGGGAGCAAAGGCAACCUGACCCCUGCCUCCUCCUUUCUCUACAACACAUUCACAUCACUCCAAGUACAGUUGGACUUUAGGACUUGGAAUAAAAAGGUUUAGUGACUAA